GAGCCCUUCUGUUCCCAGUCCCUGAAGCGCCUGAACGAUCAGCUCGUUCCAUGUAAUAAACAAGGAGAAAAGCCCCUCCCUCACAUCUCUCUUACUCUGACCUCAUAACCCGAUGGUCCUUAAUCUCUACUACGUGAUAUUGGGUAACAUCUGCACGUCAUAAAAUACAAAUGUGUGCCUGAUCAAAGAAGGUCUAAUAAGAAGAUCGAACGUUGAAAAUAAUUUAAAUCAAAAAAAGGUGCGCUCAUCCCGCGCCGACUCGGAACUCCAGAUCAAUAUUCCGUACAUAAACUAAAAACUAAAAAUCAACCUUACCUACACACAAUACGACACACCCGCGGACAAUAUCACAAUACACAAAUACACAAAUACACAAAGCGCGCAACGCAUAUACCUAGCAACGCACAUACCCAACACAUACUUCCCGCACGGGAAAUAUUUACACUUUCUUAUUCCUCGUCGCUCGUUCCCCUUCCCCCCACACCGCGCGCACGCCCGACAAGUCCCGACGUGUAAUGCAGCAUUAUUACCUAUCCAGCAUGCUCAUGUGAGGUACCUAACAUAGAUAAUACCUGCAGCACACGAUAAUCCUUAGUUGCGCCUUGCCUCGCCUUACCUCUCCGUAAAUGCCGUCACCGUCAAAGCAACGGAAGGUUGCCAUUGUUGGCAGCCGAUCCGUAGGCAAAUCUUCCUUGGCGGUGCAGUUCGUCGACGGCCACUUCGUCGAGAGCUACUAUCCCACCAUCGAGAAUACCUUUAGCAAGGUCAUUCGAUUUAAGGGUCAGGACUAUGCUACUGAAAUUGUCGAUACCGCCGGCCAAGAUGAGUACAGCAUCCUGAAUUCGAAGCACUUCAUCGGCAUCCAUGGCUACAUGCUGGUGUACUCGGUGUCCUCGCUGCCAUCGUUCGAGAUGGUGCAGGUCAUCCGCGAGAAGAUUCUCAACCACCUUGGCACAGAUUGGGUCCCAAUUGUCAUAGUAGGCAACAAGAGCGACUUGCGCCCUGAGCAACGCCAGGUUAGUCAGGAAGACGGCAAGAAGCUAGCGGAGAAAUUCAACUGCGGAUGGACUGAAGCCAGCGCGCGUUACAACGAGAAUGUCGGUAAGGCCUUCGAGCUCCUGAUCGCCCAGGUGGAAAAGUCCCAGAACCCGAACGAAGCAACGAACGAAGGAAAGUGUCAGAUGAUGUAAACAACAACAACAACAACAACUUGAAGGAGGAAACCAAGGACAGGUUUCAAAGGAAAUACUACUACUACUACUACGUUGGAAUACCAAACGAGCAAGGACAACGCGAUGGAACGUUUGGAAGGCUAGAAGGGGAUCUCUGAGCCGCCGCAGGGUGGUGGGAUCUAGGUCUAGGUGCUAUUGUGUUUUCGGACAGGUUACUGCUGCUUUCUUAUUUCGGCUUUGCAUUAUGAACCACACAGGUUACUAGUUAUGAUGUCUUGAAAGGCAGAGACGAUAAUUGCCAUGACUUGUAUAUACUAGUCAGAGCUUCAGAUCUGGUUAAGGAGUUAACCGGAAGUGCUUUAUUGCUACCUCAUAAUAUAACAGGCUCAACAGUUGCUAUUAGCAUAUGGCAUUAAUAAUGACAUCUCGAUUACACUGGAAACAAAAC